AUAAAGCCAAUGAAAGUACGGGAGUUAUAUAUACCUGAACUCAUAACCCAAUUGGGUCAAGCAACCACAUAAGAAAAGAAAGGAAACAGAGAAAGAAAGUACUACCAAAGGAAGCAUUCAAGAGAUGGAAACAAUGAGGGUGAAGAAUGAAGUGAACCCAAGAAGGCGCAGCAAGUGCGUGGCAGAUGGUGAGGCUCAGGCAACACGAUGUGUCAAGAGACGGCGAAGAGACCCAGCUGCUGUUGCACGUCUUAGUGAUGAUACUCAAAGUCAGCCCCAACAGCAAUUUCCACAGCAACAAAUGGAUCAAACUUCUACUGCAAGCACUGUGAAGAGAAGCUCAAAAUUUCGUGGGGUCAGCAGACAUAGAUGGACGGGUCGAUUUGAAGCCCACUUGUGGGAUAAGCUUUCUUGGAAUGUGACACAGAAGAAGAAAGGGAAACAAGUUUACCUUGGAGCUUACGACGAAGAAGAAUCCGCUGCAAGAGCUUACGAUUUAGCUGCCAUUAAGUAUUGGGGGACAUCAACUUUCACCAAUUUCCCAAUAUCAGAUUAUGAGAAAGAGACUGAGAUAAUGCAAACUGUGACUAAAGAGGAGUAUUUGGCCUCUUUAAGAAGAAGGAGCAGUGGCUUCUCAAGAGGUGUAUCCAAGUAUAGGGGAGUUGCAAGGCACCAUCAUAAUGGCAGAUGGGAAGCAAGAAUAGGGAGAGUUUUUGGAAACAAGUACCUCUAUCUUGGCACUUACAGUACCCAAGAGGAAGCUGCUCGUGCUUAUGACAUUGCGGCAAUUGAGUACAGGGGUGUCAAUGCUGUGACUAACUUUGACUUGAGUACAUAUAUAAGAUGGUUAAAGCCAGGAACAAACACCUCAUUAGCCGCUCAUGAACCACAGGCCAUCACAGAGCCUCAGACGAUGGCGUCCCCAACUGGCUACACUCCAAGAGAGGAAUCUAAAUCCUUGUUCUUCCAUACUAAUCCUCUGCUCACAGCAGACUACUUAGAUUCUCCCCCUAAGCAAGAAGUGUUACAAAGCAAAAUUCCUCUUAAGUCGUCCUCUACUACUACCACUGCACUGGGCCUCCUCCUUCGAUCUUCAAUAUUCAAGGAAUUAGUGGAGAAGAAUUCAAAUCUGUCUGAGGAUGACUCUGAUGGUGAUGGGGAAGAGCCAAAGAAUAUUCAAGCACAGAUAGGUAGUGACGAUGACUUGAAUGGGAUCUUUUAUGAUGGAGUUGGUGACAUCCCAUUUGUUUGCACUUCCAAUGGAGAUGGAAUAGAGUUGCAAGAAAGAGAACUCCACUUCAUUUUCUGAAUGGCCCCCGUGGAACGGCAUGACAAGCUUUUGAUUAAUCAAUCAACCAGCGGGUGCAGUACAAUGUCUUUUUGUUUGAAAUUUUAGGAACAGAGUGCGUUGAUAUGGUGUCUACGUGA